AUGGGUAAACAACGCCAACAAAACCCCAUCCUCUCUGCUCUCUCCCAAUGGCUCGAAGGCCUAGACUCAGAUACCCCGGGAGCCGAGACGGACGACGGAUGGAAGCAGGAGAUCAUCGACAAGACCCCCAAACGCUUCACCGUCUACGAGCCCAUGGCUCUCCUGCCAGCCGGGAGCUUCACCCACCCCUCGUGGAAAGCCCUGCUGGCACGCGUGGGCGAGACUACCGCCGCCCAACUGUGGGCACUGAUCCUACGCGAACUGUCCAAGAAGUCAGGACCGGAGCUGACUCACCUCGCGGUGACCGAGGGGAUCCCGCUGCUCAAGGAGGGCGACGAGCAGGGCGAGGAGAACGUGCUGCGGAGUCCCAGCGGGCUGCGGAUGCUGCACGGAGACUUUGGGCCCUCCGCGACACUCGGCCCUGAUAAUCCAGCUGAGGGGGACUUUGAACGGGCGCUGUGGGUGUCGACCAAGCAGAAUGGGAUCUAUCAGACGUGGGCGCCGCGGUGGACCAUGUUCAGCCGGGGGAACGUCAAGGAGAAGGCUAGGCUGCUGGAGUUCAAAUUACCCCCCGCUGGUCAGGCUGAGGUACAAGCAUCCGGGGGGCAUGACGUAUGGGCAGUUGAUCUAUACGGUGGCAUCGGGUACUUUGUGUUCUCGUACGCAUCGCUGGGCAUGCGAGUACUCUGCUGGGAGAUCAACCCUUGGAGCGUGGAGGGCUUACGACGAGGCGCACUGGCGAACCGCUGGACGGUCAGGGUUAUACAGGGCGUUGAGCUGGAAUUGCCAGCAGAAGAUCUGAUCCGGGGCGGCGAGCAGAUAGUGGUCUUCCUGGAAGACAACCAAAAGGCUCUGGGGCGGAUACGCAGCCUCCAUGCUUCCGGGAGCUCGGGGGAGAUCAGGCACGUCAACUGUGGGUUCCUACCUACCAGCGAAGCAACUUGGAAGCCAGCCUGGGACAUGACGGGCCAGAGCUCAGAGACAUGGUUUCACUUUCACGAGAACGUCGGAGUUGAUGACAUCAAGGACAGGCAGAGCUCGAUCGAGGGCCUCUGCAAAUCAUGGGCAGCCAGCGAAGGAUCCGUUCGGAGCGUAGAUGCAGACCACGUUGAGCUGGUCAAGACGUUUGCCCCGGGGGUUUGGCACUGUGUAUUUGACGUCCAUGUUACAAGGUCUAGUAGUUGUACAACUUGA